AUGGCUCGCUCGCUCUCAAACGCUAAGAAUUUCACCGUUCAGAUCGCCGGAAAAAUGUCAGCUAUUGUCUCCAGGAGGGGAUACGCAGCAGCAGUAUCACAGGUCGGUGAGUCCAGCGGGUCUAGAUCCGGGGCUCCGAAUCUCAUUCUGAAGAAAGGAUCCGAGGAGCCAGCCAAGAUCUCGUGGGUGCCCGACCCGGUCACCGGGUUCUACCGACCCGAGAACCAGGCUAAGGAAAUCGACGCCGUUGAGCUACGGGCGAUGCUGCUCAAGAGCAAAUUCGGGAGAAACUAG